UUCAAGUAACUUUAACGAGUGCAAAAUGACGUUUUCGGCACAUCGUGCUUUGCAAAAUUUUUGUAACAUGUACAAGUGAGUGAAAAAAAAUUACAACAUGACGAAAGCACAAAUUAAGAGAGUCCUUUCGAGAGAGUUUUUGAAAACAUCACGUUUGCAAUUGCAAAAGCCAUUCGGUUUCUGUUGCGAGGAAAAGAAUCAAGAUCCUGAAAAACGCUAUGAUAUGCGAAAUCCGCCCUUUAAAUCAUCCAUGACGAAUGUGAUUGUGAACAGCGGUGGACCUGGUGUGAAGUUUCGCGUUCAGAACAUUGAUCGACUGCCGUAUCCGAUUCAACGUAGUAGAACUCUCGAGAUCAAGGGCAAAGCUUAUCUAGGACGUUGCAAACGUUGUCGAGGUCCUUUGCGAUGGUAUCUGGAGGAUGAAAUCGCAUUUGCGCGUGAAUUUAUUCUCAAACAGAAACGAGAUAAUUACAAUGCAAGAAUGAAAAAAAAUCUUAUGAUCGCUAAGCAAAAGGCGAAGAGAAGAACUCAGAAUCAUAUUAAAAAAGAUUGCUACAAAAAAGUGUUACAAAAAACGGCUCUAAAGAGAGGAUAUGCAAAAUAAUCGAUAAUUGU